CUUUUGUUUUCACUCACAACUAGUUAGGAGUUAAAAAAUGAUACGUGCUGACUUUAGAUGUACGCCCUAUCGUACACUAAACGUCACGUUGGUACCAGAUUGAGAAUGCACACUUCAGCACUUCUCACGGCUUCCCCCUAUCACAGGCGCAAAUGGUUUUGCCCAUGGACUCGCUCCAGCACUCACAGCACACAAGAGGUCUACAAGAUACUGAUUUUUGGAGUCAGUGAACGUCUUCAGUAGUAACGUCAUUAUACAUGAACACUGUUAUAAUCUUAAAAAUACGCGCGGGACAGGGCGGUUUCUCUGAGGAGACAUCCGUGUCUCAAGCACUUUGUCGUUCGGAUGAGACCAGCAAAACUGCUGCACUGCCAGUGCCUGGAAUAAAUAAGGCCUUCCUAUCCAUCCCUCUGUCCAACCCCCUCCCCCCUGUCUCCUUUUGGGUCUGUAAAUAAGCUGGGUCUGUGCAGACCCUUGAGAGGCCCUCCCCCUCCCGCUCUUCCCCAUCACUACUUCCCUCUUUGUAACUCCCCUGCCCACUCAGACUCUGCUGCUGCUCGUUAUGCUGCUGAAGGGCGCCAGGGAGAUGCUCAGAUGAUCCAUUGGGCCAUCCUGAACCACAUCAUCCAUACAGCCCAAGACAGGAAAGACUAACUACUGCGUGUGUGUGAGAGAGCCCUUGGAGGGUGCCGUGAGUAUCCUGUGAGGCCCGCCCGCCAAGCCUGGAAGAAAGCUUGGCUUGCCCCUUCACUCCUCCAGCCCCUGAGAUGCCCUCCCCUCCCAAUGAAGGAGAGAAUCAAGGAGCGUCCCCCGUGAACAGGCCAUCUGUGGGCUCUUACCAGAGCAGUGGGAAGAGGAAGGUGCGCACCAAAAAGAAGAAAGGCACGAUCAGCGCUAACGUCGCUGGCACCAAAUAUGAGAUUGUUCGUAUAGUAAUCAGUGAGAUGGACUUCAUCAAAACCCGGGAUGAGGACGAAACCGCCAACCUGAUCUGGAAUGACUCGGCCGUGCAGCAUGAGAAAAUCGCUGAGCUCAGGAAUUAUCAGAGAAUUAACCAUUUCCCUGGCAUGGGCGAAAUCUGCCGGAAAGACUGCCUAGCAAGAAACAUGUCCAAAAUGAUCAAGUGCCAGCCCCAAGAGUACAGCUUCAUACCCAAAACCUGGAUCUUCCCCGCCGAGUACACUCAGUUCCAGAACUACGUCAAGGAGCUACGCAGAAAACGCAAGCAGAAGACUUUUAUCGUCAAACCUGCCAAUGGAGCCAUGGGUCACGGGAUCUCACUUAUCCGUAACUGCGAGAAGCUGCCAGCCCAGGAGCACUUUAUCGUUCAGGAGUACCUGGACAAGCCUUUCCUGAUGGAGGGAUACAAGUUUGACCUGCGCAUCUACAUCCUUGUCACUUCCUGCGACCCGCUUCGCAUUUUUCUCUACAACGAUGGCCUAGUUCGCAUGGGCACAGAGAAGUACCACGCACCGAGCGAGGCCAACCUGAGCCAGCUCUACAUGCAUCUGACCAACUACUCAGUGAACAAACACAACGAGAACUUUGAGCGAGACGAGACGGUGGACAAAGGCAGCAAGAGGUCCAUCAGCUGGUUCACCGAGUUCCUCCGCACCAACGACUACGAUGUGGCCAAGUUCUGGGGAGACGUCUCUGAGCUGGUGGUGAAGACGCUAAUUGUGGCUGAGCCCCACGUGCUGCACGCCUAUCGCAUGUGUCGCCCUGGCCAGCCACCAGGGAGCGACAGCGUCUGCUUUGAGGUCCUGGGCUUUGACAUCAUCCUGGACCGCAAACUUAAACCCUGGCUACUGGAGAUCAAUCGAGCUCCGAGCUUUGGGACCGAUCAGAAGAUUGAUUACGAUGUGAAGAAAGGGGUGUUGCUGAAUGCGCUCAAACUCCUCAACAUUCGAGCCAGUGACAAAAAACGUAACCUUGCCCAGCAAAAGGCAGAGGCUCAGAGGCGGCUCUAUGGACACGGCUCCAUGAAAAAGCUCUCAGCUGCUUCUUCGGACUGGGAGAAACAACGUCACACACUGGAGCGAAGGAGAGAAGAGCUGAAAGAGCGACUGGCACAGGUCCGCAAGCAGAUCUCCAGGGAGGAGCAUGAAAAGCAACAUCUGGGGAACUACAGACGUAUUUACCCCCCAGACGACAAGCUGCUGUUGGAGAAGUAUGAAAGCCUGCUCUCGGCCGCCUUUCAGACCUUCCUUGCCGGGCGAGCUGCUUCACUUCAAAAGGAAAUGAAUAAUCCUCUGAAACGAAUGAAGGAGGAGGACAUCUUGGAUCUGCUGGAGCAGUGUGAACUGGAUGAUGAGAAGCUGAUGGGCAAGUCCUCCAGGCAACGAGGGCCCAAGCCUUUGACCUCCAUGCCAGAGUGCAGUCAGACACCAAGACGUCAACGACCCGACUACCUGGCUGACUUCACCAGUGGCAGCAGCGCCGAUAACUCCUGCUCCUCCUCGGACGAAGAAGAGGAGGAGAGGAGGAAAGCAGGGGGAGGAGGAAGAAUUGGAGAGAAGAGGGAGAAGAAAGUUUCCUACGAUCUCGGGGAGAGCAAGGAGAAGAAUUUGGCCGAGCGCUCAGGUCGCAUGCACUGGAAACCUCCAAUCAAGUCGCUCAAAACCAGUCCCGCCCCCUCCGCUUCUCCAACACUUUCUGGUCCAAUCAGGCGCUCCAUCUCCUGCCCUCGCUCAAUCGCCUCCCUCUCAUCACCCAGUGAGGUGCGAGCGUUGCCCACCAGGCCUUCUCCUACUGUUCCAAUGGCCACUGCCCUCGUCAGGCCGAGCUCCGCCACGUUACGCUCUCACUCCCUGAAUCGCAGUGGCUCCGCCCCCCGCGUGCCUCACAGCAACAGCCUGGGGACCAUCCACUCCCACAUAGGUGAUCCACUGAUAAACCUGAGGAGUAAAGAGCAGGAGGCCGAGCUGGUGCGUCAGACUCUGGCCGCGCUCACCGCCAUGAGGAUCAGGUUUCCGGGUAAAACCGAGGAAGAGGCCGAGUCCGUGCUGGAUGAGAUCCUCGACAACUGGAAAUACCAUAAAUCAAAGGUGGCCUCAUAUUGGCUAGUGAAGCUGGACUCCACCAAACAACGGAAGGUGUUGGAUAUUGUACGCACCAAUGUACGCUCAGCGCUGCAGCGGAUCUGGAGGGAGCCAGACGUAGAAAGUCUCCACCUGUACCGGCUUUUUAACCGCGUCUUCAACCGGCUGCUCUGGAGUCAUGGCCAGGGCCUGUGGAACUGCUUCUCCAACACCGGUUCAUCGUGGGAGACCAUCUUCAGUAAGAGCAGCGAGGUGGUGUCACCUCAGGAGCUGCAGUGCUGCCGCCGGCUGGUCCAGCUAUGUCGAGACUGCCUGUUGGUCGUCUACAAGUUUGUCUCAGAGUCCCGUGGCUCUUUGACCGGACUCAGCCCCGAAUGGGACGACACCAGGUAUCUGCUGCCAGUGACCUCCCAGUUCAUCAUGAAGUGGCCUUCGUCCAGCUUUGGCCGCAUCUCCUCGGCCGUGCCACGCUCACGCAGCCUUUUCGCCGCCAGGAUGGGCCACUUCUGAGGUCACCGUGGCAACCCUGGCUUCUGACACCUCGCCUCUUGACCUCAACGCCUCCCCUCCCCUGACUCUCACACAGCCAAACUCCAAUCUCAGUAAGUCCGGCAUGGAUCGGACUAGAUGGAGCCUCAACCUUGGCCAAAUCCCCCGGUGGAAGACCAACAAAGAAAAAACGGAUGAUUUGGGGUUGCUAAAGGGCCUUGUUUAGAUUAGUUUGGACCUGCCUAGACCAGCAGACCACCUGCACCCUCGACCCCUACCUUUACCCCCAGUACCACCAGACAAUGGGUUUAACUCCUCUUUUCUCAUUGUAAUUGCUUUAUUAUACCUACUCACUGUACAGUUACAAGUCAUGGUACUGUAAAAGGAAAAAAUAACAAACACUAAACAAUGCAAGGAUUAUUUAUUUAUGUACUUACUUAUUUUGUAAGGUAUUCCAUGAAUGCUGAUGCAGAAUGCAGAUAUGGAAUGACAUCAACAAUGCUGUCCAAGUGGAUGUACAAAAAAAAAACAAAACCUAUUUUUGCUUGCUGUAAUCAGUUAUUUUACUUCUGAAUUUUAUUUAUGUCUUAACUUAUAUCAGAGGUUUUAAGUUUCUAAAUGUUACAACAGUCACUUUAUGUUCUAAUUUUUACAGAAGAGAGAGAUGGUGCCCAGAACUCAAAAUGUUUAACUUUUGAAUGCUAAUGCUUCGUGUUUUACCUGUGUGAUAUUAAGUGCGGCACUAUUAAGCGACACAACGUGUAGAAUGUCAUUGUACUAAAGCCAAGCCUCUUCGCCUCGUAGAGAAUGAUGCCACAGUGCAAAGAGCCAAACUUGAGUCUCAGAGAGCACCCACCUCCUAAUAUGCACUCUGCAGUCUGUCAUGGAACGGGAGAUGUGGGUGCACAUUUAAAGUAGUGUUUGCAUGCUUAGAUUUUAGUCCCUCACCCAGAUGUAGUGGCUAGACAGAAGAGCUGCAUUUGGAAUAUACUUGAAGUUUUGUGUUUGUCAUUAAUUACUUGUGUCUUUGUAUCGGCUGCACUCAGAAGAAGACACUUCACUUGUAGAUUUGUCGCUGCAGCGUGUUCAGGAUAAUAAAGACCCCCCCCCCAACCACACCCCCUCGACCCCCCAACCACCCAGUAGGUACAAGUGCCAGGGACAUUAUUGAUGUGCCAAUAGUAAGCACAUCUACUUCGUGUCCAUUUGGGAUUUAUUUAAGGUUAAUAUGUCAGAAACUACCGUAGGACCUCAGUUAAACACAGUAUUAAAUGUUGAUAGGGAGAAACGCAGUGUUACAUGUUUAGUAGUUUACUUGGCUCCGUGUAGUACACCAUGAGAUGACAGUGACUAGACUGCCUGUCAGCAGGCUGUACAGUACAGCACAGUGUGCAUUUUAUAACAUCAAUUCUGAUUGUGCUUAAUCUGCUCAAAAUGAACUCUCCCCAUACACUGAACAUCAAGUCACAAUGCCAAAUAUUUUUAUUUUGCCUCAUUUGAUUUGUGUUAUUUAAGAGUAGUAAUUUUUCAUUGGAGGUAUGAGAUUUUUAAUUUUACAGAGCAAUAAAAUGUUUAAG